AAACAACAUAAAACACUUAUUUUUCGAAGUGUGUGACAAUGCGAAUGUGUGUAUGUUUUAGGAUAUAAUGCUGAUGUCAUUUUUGUGGAUAUGCGAAAAGUGAACGCGUGUUGGAAAUUUUCAGAUUGUGAGAACAGAACUAUGUCUUCAGCAAAGCUUCAGUUUCUGGGAUCAUUGACACAAACAGAUCCACAUGUUCAUCCAGUAGUUAUAAUUGGCCAAGUGCAAAAUUUAGCCAAAAUAAAAUUUAACGACAUUAAGGUGAAACUUGAGCCCCGAGUUACUGAAGAGGUGUACUUAUCUGCUCUGGCAAGCCUGCAUCCAUCUCCAACAGACACAUGUUCCCUGUAUCUUAAUUUGGCAACACUGGCAGCAUUGCCUGUGAAGUGUAGUCGACACAAUGCUCCAUCUCGUGCAUAUGCUAUCACCAAAAUAGUGAAGAGCACGACAGUUGGAACAGAUGAAUCAGUUGUGAUUGUCUGUGAACGCCGAGAUGUUUUUGCUUCUGCAUGUGCUGUAGCCCGAGCAUAUCCUCUGUUUUCACGUAAGACUUCCAGCAAACCAUCGCAGACCUCAAAUACAACUGUGCGUGUUGAGUUCUUAUUGGUUCCCAGUUCAGAAUGCAAGGCCGCUGGCGAAAGAAAUGGGAACAUGGAGGAGAACCUGAUGUUAUCUUCAGAGAACCUACUGUGUUUGGAAAGUGCAUGUACUGGUGUGAGGCUUGCAGCAAGGAUUGUUGAUGCUCCAUGCAAUGAAAUGAAUGUUGAUCACUUUUUACAGGAGGUGAGAACUGUUGCUGAUACUCUGGGUGUAUCAUCGACUGUUAUCCGAGGAGAAGAUCUACGAGUGCAAGGUUUUGGGGGUAUCUAUGGUGUAGGAAAAGCUGCUGCAGUUUCUCCAGCUUUGGCAGUUCUGUCUCACACACCUCCGGGAGCAACCCAGACUAUAGCGUGGGUUGGCAAGGGCAUUGUAUAUGACACUGGAGGACUCAGCAUCAAAGCCAAAACAGCAAUGCCAGGGAUGAAGCGGGACUGUGGUGGGGCAGCAGGUAUUCUUGGGGCAUUCUACACUGCGGUGCGGCAAGGGUUCACUCAGAACUUGCAUGCGGUCUUUUGCUUAGCGGAAAAUGCUGUUGGUCCAAAUGCAACCAGACCAGAUGACAUUCAUGUGCUACAUUCUGGCAGAACUGUGGAAAUCAACAAUACAGAUGCAGAAGGCCGUCUUGUAUUGGCUGAUGGGGUUUCAUAUGCACAGAAAGACUUAAAGGCCAACAUCAUACUGGACAUGGCCACACUUACAGGGGCGCAGGGAGUCAGCACAGGAAAGUAUCACGGAGCUCUGCUUACCAAUAGUGAGCAGUGGGAGGAGGCGGCCAUCUUGGCAAGCAAGUUGUCAGGUGACCUUCUGUUCCCCAUCCCAUAUUGUCCUGAGUUGCAGUUCAGUGAGUUUGCCUCUGCAGUUGCUGACAUGAAGAAUUCAGUUGCUGAACGAAGUAAUGCCCAGCCAUCUUGUGCUGGCAUGUUCAUUGGAUCACACUUGGGAUUUGACUUUCAAGGCAUUUGGAUUCAUGUGGACAUGGCCUAUCCAGUCUAUGUUGGAGAGCGUGCUACAGGAUAUGGAGUAGCAUUGUUGGUCACACUGUUUGGGACUUAUUCUCAAGAUCAGCUGUUGCGAAGUCUUGGUCCAAAACUGAAAUUUGAUGGAACAGAAAUUGAGAAUGCUUGUAAGAGACUUAAGCAAAAUUGACAAAGGAAUCGUAUUUAAUAACUCAUUCGGUUGAUAGGAUGUUUACAUGUAUUGUGUAUGAAUGAUAAUUUGGGUACCAGGUACCUGAAGGUUCUGAGAUGGUAUGAAGAGAAUAAAGGAAUCCUUCAUGUUUAAGCCAUAGUAAA